UAUUUCAGAGUGGUGAAAGUGCAGAAGACAAAGAUGGACCAAUGACUUCAACUUCAAGAAGACUGAAGAUGUUACAUGAUUUGGUUCAAGCCAAAAAAGGACAUCAGAGUGCUUCUGGGAAAGGAACGAACCGGCCUAGUAAUAGGAAUAAUUCAUCGGACAUGUUAAGUAACAACAACUCAGUGUUCACCUGCAUCGGUCUGGGCAAAAGAACGGAAAAGUCUUCCCAAAGCGAUCAGCAGCAGCAACAAGAAGUAAAAAACCUCCACGUGGAUUUAAAGACAGAAGUUGUUCAGAACACCAUUGACUGUUCUCAGCCUCGUUUGCCCUUUUAUCACACUUGCCACCAACCUGGACAUAAGAUGGGGGUCUGCGAAGGCAACUUGGUGCUUCCUCAGGCAACCGAAUGGGAUCGCUUUGAGAGUCUCAUUCAGGAACUGGACAGAAAAGAAUCUGAUCUUCCUCCAACCACGUUUGCAGCAUCCACCAAAGAUAUCCAAUCCACAGAAGACCAAUUGACCAUAUUUGGAAAAUUGGCCACGCCCACGGAGCCGCCGCCCUUUAUGAAAACACAACACAACGCAAGCCCUUUGAGUGGGUCCAAACUAAGCCAGAGGCAGACUGCGGACUCACCACGGCCUGACAUGCGGCCCAUUGAAACCACAGCAGAGAAAAAAAUUACAACUGCCAUCUGUGUUGACACCCAAAAACCAGAAGCUAAGAAGAGGGAGUCUGGUGUCAUGAGGAUACUGACCGAAGGACGCAAGCUCUCCAGUAAUUCAAUGGAAAGCCUCUAUAGCAGACAAAGUUCCUCAAGUGGAGUUACCAGUGACUGUUCCAGUAACAGAGACAGUCUGAGGCUGGAGGAUGAAUCCUUUUGCCCAAGACUCUUCUGUGGUCGAGCGCGAGUACAUACAGAGUUCAUGCCAAGUCCAUAUGACACAGAAUCCCUCAAACUCAAGGUCGGCGACGUGAUUGACAUCAUCCACAAGCGCCCGAUGGGAAUAUGGACUGGGAUGUUGAACAACAAAAUCGGCAACUUUAAAUUCAUCUAUGUGGAUGAGAAGGCCGCUCCUGAGACACACGAGGAAGUGCAAAACCACAGAGCGCCCCAAAAAUGCACCUCGACUAUCCACGAAGUGUUGAGGCGUCUCAGUUUAGAGGAAUAUUCAAGCUCUCUGCAGCAGAACGGUUACCAAACAGUAGAUGACUUGAUGAGGCUGAGGGAGCAUCACCUGACAAAACUACAAGUGACGGAUCCGGAGCACAGGCGUCGUCUGCUCGCUGCGGUCGAGUCCUUGCAAGAACUGAGCUCUACUUGUGACUUGGAGAAGGAGCCCAAGCAAGAGGUCGGGACCCCUACCGAAAACAUGAAAAGAGACAUGAGAGACUCAGGCUGCCACAUGCCAUCUGACAGCACCGACAUCAGUGGAGAGGACGCAGACCUUCAUUUUCCUUGAAAUGAUAUGCUGCUUUUUUGGCAUGGAGUGGCCCAAAUCAAAUGUUUAUAUUGACUUGGAUGAACCUCAUUUUAAACACCGACAUGCUCACGUUGAGCUUUGACUUUUAGCCUCAACAAAUGUAAGAUUUAUAUUUACAGAAAUAAAAUAUUUAUGUCCUGUAUGUGG